AUGGACAAUUCUGACGAACCCAACAAGUUGUCUUCCACCCAAGACGAGCCCUCAUCCACCGCCACCGCUGCCGCCCAACCUCUCCCCUCCAAAUCCUACCCGCCGCUUGAGCCGCCCAUCACCUCCAUCUCCGAACACGAACAAGAACAAGAAGACCAAUCAAAGUACUUUCAGAUAUGCUACAGUUACGACCCUUGCUCCAUUAAAGACUUGCAUUUUCUCCUUCUGCUUUAUCUCCUCCUUCUCUGCACCCUCGUCUUUGGAAGUUUUGCUUUUGUCCAUCGAAACACUAACCGCCACCAAAUUUCGUCUUUCGUCUACAAUACGACGCCCACGACCUUAAAUUCUAUAAGUUCGAUUCUUGUUAAGAGCUUGAUAUGGACACUUGUGAAAACCCUGCUUUUAAGCGCCCCGUUUGUGCUCUUCGUGCUUACGCUGCUCAAACGCUAUGAUGUGGAAAAAGGUAGCUAUCAGAAUUCAUGCUCUGACCAAUCUACCCCUAGGGGACUCACCCGGCCGAGACGCUCGCUCGAAUACACCUCCCGCUCGAGACAGUCGCCCGAAUAUGGCCGCUCGACUCCCACCAGCAGCAACACACCUUCCCCUACCAACAUAAGCCUCAACUCCACUCCUUUCAGCAGCCACAGCAACUCACCUGACCACAAAGCCCCCAAUUUCGCCCUAAUGCAGUCAUCCAAUUUUGUGAAUAUGAGGGGCCGGACGUUGGAUAGCAUGCCUCACUUCUUGUCUGGGUCGAGUGAUCCCUCGGAGGAGCAGAGUUACCAGUCAGACCUUUCAUAUGAGCUCAUGGACCAUUCAAAGCUUUCGGAUGCAUCUGGGAGCUCGACUGCCUCGGCAGCUGAGCUAGAGGAUGAACUGAGGAGGAUGAAAGUGGAGUUGAAACAGAUAUUGGAAAUGUACAAUGUGGCUUGCCAAGAAGCUGAAUCUGCAAAAGAAAAGGUCCGGGAAAUUAUCAAAUGGGACACUGAGAAGGCAAGCAGGCUAGCCGAGGCCAAGCACGUGCGUGAUGCUGCACUAGCUGUCGUGGAGAGGGAGAAGAGCAAGUGCAAAGCCGCUGUCGACAUAGCCCACCGGGCCCAGCACAUAGCUGAGCUCGAGUCUGAGAAGAGGAAGCGGGCCGAGCGCAAGUUCCAGCAUGAGUCAGAGGAGAAGCAGAAGGCCAUGGAUGCCCUGGCCCGCUGUGGGGUCCGGUGCAGGCGCUACUCCAUAGAGGAAAUCGAGGCUGCCACCAACUACUUCUCACCCUCGGACAAGAUCGGUGAAGGCAGUUAUGGGCCCGUUUACAAAGGCAUGAUCGAUCACACGCCAGUUGCGAUUAAGGUGCUGAGGUCGGAUAUAUCGGAAGGUCACAAACAGUUCCAACAAGAGGUGGAGGUAUUGAGCCGUAUGCGCCACCCAAACAUGGUCAUCCUCUUGGGCGCCUGCCCCGAGUACGGCUGCCUCGUGUACGAGCACAUGGACAACGGAUCCCUCGAAGACCGCCUCCUCCGCUCACCCCCCCUCCCGUGGCCCUCACGAUUCCGCAUCGCAGCCGAGGUGGCGACGGCCCUCAACUUCCUUCACCAGACGAAACCCGAGCCCCUCGUCCACCGUGACCUGAAGCCCGCUAACAUCCUCCUCGACCGCAACCACAUUGCCAAGAUCAGCGAUGUUGGGCUGGCCCGACUCGUCCCCCCUCCCGACCCCUCCACCUCUGCCACGCAGUACCGUCACACAGCAGCCGCCGGCACUUUCUGCUACAUCGACCCCGAGUACCAGCAGACGGGCAUGCUGGGGACCAAGUCUGACGUGUACUCGCUAGGUGUGCUACUGCUGCAGCUGGUCACGGCACGACCACCAAUGGGGCUGACUCACCUGGUUGGGACCGCCAUUGAGGAGGGGAGGUUUGGGGAAGUGCUGGACCCGGCUGUAGAGAACUGGCCGCUCGAGGAAGCCCUGUCGCUCGCCAGGCUGGCACUCAGGUGCUGUGAGCUGAGGAGAAGGGAUCGGCCGGAUCUCGACAGGGUGGUGCUGCCGGAGCUGGAGAGGUUGAGAGAUGUGGGGCGCCAGGUGAAGCCGCCUGCAAGGUCGUAUUACAUGUACAUGGCGGAGGAUGGUGUGAGCUUUCAGGAGAGCACGGAUUCGAGUCAGGAAAGGGGGACUAGCUUCGAAACAGAACCAGAAUUCCAAAGCAAAUAA